AGUUAUCAGGUUCGAACACUAAAGUCAAUAGAGAUGGAGAGAGUAAGCAACAUGAGUCGAAGAAGUCGUCUGGAAGGUCAAAGAUUGAACGAUAUCAUCUCUCCUAAGAGGAGGCAAUUGUGGAGGUGGUGGUGACAGGGGGCGCCUUGGUCUCCAUUUUCGACGACUUUCACUGCCGGUUGGAUUUGAUGACACAAGUCACAGCUGUGGACCUAUCAUCUUCUUAGGUCAAUCUGGGUUUGAGAGAAGAAGAAGAAGGCCGACGGGAGUAGUAGCAUCAUCCACUCCAGCGUGUAGGUGUCGUCUCGUUGUUGUCGACAGUGAUGAUCAUCACAUGCUUCUCAGCCGUUUGAGAAAAACCCAAAUCUGGGUUUGAGAGAAGAAAAAAAAGGCCGACGAUAGUAGUAGCAUCGUCCACUCCAGUGUGUAGGCACUGUGCUCGCUGUCGUCGAUGGCAACAAUCAUCACAUGCUUCUCGGUCGUUUGAGAAAACCCAAAGCCAAGGUAUUAGCAACAUGAGUCUUGUUGAUGAAAAUUUAUAUGACCAACAAGCAAUUCCAUGUUGUUGAUGGUUAGUUACUAAAAAGAAGAAUUUUAGUAGUGGCAUUAGGAUCCGCCGGAGCCGUUUACCGAUUCUCCUGCCUGUAAUGGUGGGGUUGGCGCUACCGCCGAUGGCCUACAGCUCUUACGCUGUGAAAUCAUUGUUCACUAGCUGUAUUUACCUGUGCCUGCCCCGCGGCAUCCGCUGCACCAGCUCCUCGCCGAAGUGAUUGAAUGCGAUAGUCACCUGCAUCUCGGAAUCCGACCAAUACCUGUCGUCGUGCCUCAGGAGCAUCACCUCGUUGUGAUGUGAGAAAUGGCCGCUGCUUAUGGUGAUUCCGGUUCACCCCAUUAUGGCAUCAGUGAGUCCGUACAGUCCGUGCCGUCGGUAUUAAAAUUUAUCUUAAACA